UAGUGUCUCUGUCCCUCCACACGGUCCUGCUGCGGUUGCUACUGAAGUUACCAUUAGCAACUGGGCAGCGGACGACGGAACACCUUGAACCGCUGUUGAUAUUGUCCUGGUGAAUACAGCAGGCACAGUAAGCUCUCCUGGAAUUUUAGGAUGUUGGUGAGGUGAGCCAUGUUUAACACGUAAGGACGCACUGAGUGGCACUGCCAUGUUGCCAGGAGUCGGUGUAUUUGGCACGGGCAGCACAGCCCGAGUGCUUGUCCCGUUGUUGAAAGCUGAAGGCUUUGAGGUUCAUGCACUCUGGGGGCGAAGCGAAGAGGAAGCGUGCUGCUUGGCAAGGGAGCUUGGCAUCCCAUUUCACACCAGCCGAUCUGAUGACGUCCUGCUGCACCAAGAUGUCGACCUUGUUUGCAUCUAUAUACCACCCUCGAUGACAAGACAGAUUGCUGUCAAAGCACUAGGUAUCGGUAAGAAUGUUGUGUGUGAGAAAGCUGCAACUGCUGUGGAUUCAUUUAAGAUGGUGACUGCAGCCAGAUACUACCCACAGCUGCUCAGCAUUAUGGGUAAUACCCUGCGCUUCCUGCCAGCUUUUGUGGCAAUGCGCCAGCUGCUGGCAGAGGGAUACGUUGGAGAUAUCCAGGUGUGUGAUGUCCGAGUCUAUGGCCCCAGCCUCCUGGAUCAGUCUUACGGCUGGACAUGUGAGGAGCUGAUGGGAGGAGGCGGUCUACACACUGUCGGCUCUUCCAUCAUUGACCUUUUAAGUUACUUAACAGGUGCUCGAGCCCAUCGUGUUCAUGGCUUACUGCGGACUUUUGUACAGCAAAAUGGUUUGAUCCGAGGCAUCCGGCGCGUCACCAGCGAUGAUUUUUGCUUCUUCCAAAUGUUGAUGGCUGGAACUGGGUCCAACUCUGGUGGUGUGUGUUGCACUGUGACCCUGAACUUCAACAUGCCAGGGUCAUUUGUUCACGAGGUUAUGGUAGUUGGAUCCACUGGGAGACUGGUCGCCAGGGGGGCAGAGCUGUAUGGUCAACACAAUGGGAGUAAAGGUGAGGAGCUGUUGCUAGGUGACAGUGGGUGGGUGGGACCAGAGGUGAAAGAGAUGCCCCUGCCUCACCUGCAGGGUCUGAGCUCCAUGGUUAAGGCACUGAGACAGUCUUUUCAGGCUCACGAGGAGCGCAGGUCAUGGGCACGAGGACCGGUUGCCAUGGCACCAACAUUUGAGGAUGGUCUCUAUGUGCAGACGGUGGUCGAGGCGGUGAAACGGUCCAGCUGUAGUGGAGAAUGGGAGUGUGUUGAGAUCAUGAGUCAGGAGCCAGACCCGAAUCACAACUUGUGUGAGGCUCUGCAGAGAAAUAAGAACUAAAUAUUAUAUUAUUAAGUAUUUAUACACCCAGUGCAACUCAUACAUGUGUCUGACAAAACUGGGCUCUGAAUGUUGUUCCUUUAAUUCAGCUGCAGAGGCAGUUUACAUUACCCAUGACUACUUUUUGAAUUUUCACAUAUUGAGCAUAAUACUUUAAUUUAGAAAACAUGACUGUGUAGUGGAUGUUUGUACCCUCGCAGUUAUGAUUUGUUUGUACACUAAGUUUGUGACCACAGCUCCAUUAUUCUGAUUCCCGACAAAAGAAAUAUUUAAAUAGCUACCUGUUUCCGUUUACACGUUUAUUACCUUUGCCACGCCAAAAGGUUGACACAGUUGUUAUUCUCACUGAAGCUUGAAGUCACGGAGUCAUGACUCUAAAUUCCCUGCUAAAUGAGGUUGAUGUUUGUCACCUGUCAGAAAGGCACCACACCUAUGUCAAAUAUUGGCCAAGAGCAAAAUUACAUGGGAGUCAAAAAAUAACCGUUCAAUGUAUGUCUGACCCUUUUCCUCACUUUCAUUAUCACGUUUGGAUAUAUUUCUGUAUUUUAAGAAACAUGCAGGUUGUUGUGUUUUACUGAUAAUCAGAGAUGGAUCAGAGUUUACAAUUCCACCAAUACAUGGUUGAAUAGGCAUCAACACAAUGAAAACAAAGUUGUGAAGUUGGUGCACAGGCAUAAAGACCCAUUGUUGAGCCAAGCCAUUCAUUUAGUAAGGUUUGGUAAUGUGGCUCAUUAAAAGGCAACUGUAAGUGUACAGUUCAACCAAGAAAACAUUUUAUUUUAUAUUUUAUUUUAUGUUGUACAUAACUUUUAGAUGUUGGUGUUCCUUUAUUCCCAACAUGAAUAGCACCUUAUUCUGAAAGGAAGCGUUUAGCUCAGAAAUGUAUGUAAAUAUCAAAGCACGAGGAGGAUUUGAUUAACAAAACACGCUUGGCAGAAUUCAAAUGAUAUUAUAAUGGGGCUCAGCCUCUAUACACUUCAGAAUAAUGGAGCUGUGCAGAGUUUUGUUUUUGUAACGUGUGAUAUUAAGCUUUCAGUCAAAGAUUGCAAGAGGGGCUUGUAGGUGUUAAUGUUAUGACAUAACAGGCAUACAUAAGAUACCAGGGAUUGAGUAAAAUAAGCUAUGUAGAAAACAGAAUAAUAAAAAGUUUAGUUUGCAGCAUUGCCCCUCAAAAUGCCCAAUUCUUAAAGUGAUACUUAAUCUUAAGGCUUUUUUUCGUUUCCUUCUUCACAGACGGAACAGCUAUGAGCUGGAAUUUUUGACUGCUACAGGAGAACAGUAGUGACUUGUUUUCAUAGUGGAAAAAGUGUCUAAAAACCAUCUAAACCUUAAGCCACUCAUGGGUCAUCCUUCCGUUCAAUCAUUAUUUCAUCAAAAUGUACAACUUCCAGAUAUGUACACGACUGUAAGAAGCUUUAAUGAGGGUGACGCAAUGUUUUUAUAAUAUAAAACGUUUGCUGGAUCAAAUAGAACAUGUAGAAGGACUAAGGUGAAGUGGAUUAUGCCUCAGUGAAAGGGAUUCAUACGAAGGUUUGGUAAAGGUUUUCCACUGUGAAAACUCCCCAAUGGAAAUCUAUGUAACCAUCGAAACUGACUUUGAAGAAGGAAACUACCCUCUUUUAGAAGCCACAUGUCAAGUUUACAUCAUGAGCAUUUGAUGCUCAGAUUAUAGAUUUUGAUGUGGAGUAUCGCAUUAAAUAUUAAAUGAGUAAAAACAGGCUUGUUCUAGAAAUUACAGAUUAGUGACCUUUUAUUGUUAAACUGUCAAAAGUUUUAGAUGCAACUAAAUUUAGUUUAAAAGGUUUGUUUACAUGUAUUAUCUGUAUCAUUUUAUAUGUUUUUAUAUUUAGGUUUUGUUUCAUGCGAUCUAUGCAUUUACAGUCAUUACAGAUGUUUAAAAUCAAAAGAGUGGAGACUCAAUCCACCCCCAUACACCAUUUAUCCUGAAACCUUACUGAUCUUUAAUUGAGUAGAGCCACUGGACUAAUUUGCUCAGACGAAGUAAAGGAAGGGUUUCACAGUUUACGGUUGUUGUUGUUGUCACUCACUGCAUCUCAGCACUGCUGAAUAUCCUGAAUAAUAUUGGGCCUCGGUGCUCCUACUGCUGAGACAGGAAGUGAAGACAGAAACUGUGUUUUACUUUGAUUUGAUUGGUCUGUUCCCUUAGACCUACGCAGAAUCUGCAAAUAGGGAUACUCUACACGCUUACCUCACGCUAUCCCAACAGUGCUUUACAAAAACAAUUAAUCAAGUUUACAUUAAGUGUUCUUAUAAAACACAUCACAUUUGCCUGCAUAACCCACCGCUAUUAAAAUGCAUUCCAACUAAA